AUGGUGCUCCUCAGCCCCUCGGUCGGCGGAUUAAGAAGGCUCAUUGCUGUGUGUGAGAGAUUCGCUGAUAGGAAUGGUUUAAAAUAUAACGCCAAGAAAUGUGAAGUAAUGGUAUUUAGAGUGGGGAGAGGUCCGGAGAGGAUACCCCCGGUCUACAUGUAUGGCUCAUCGAUUCGGGUUGUAGAUAAGUUCAGGUACUUGGGUCAUGUGCUGACGGAGACCCUGAGUGACGACGCCGACAUGGAGCGCGAGCGGCGGGCCCUGGCGGUGCGGUGCAACAUGCUCGCACGCAGGUUUGCCAAGUGCUCUAAGGAUUGCGAAGGCCAUGUUCGCCGACGCGACGCCGGGGUCCCCGACUACUUCGCCGUGCUGCGGCUCCGGGCGGCGUCGUUCUGGGACCGAGUCCGGAGCUCCAGCAAUGAGCUGAUAGCAGCUGUCGGCGACGAUAUUUAUGGAAAUGGGUUCAUUAAGCACUGGCUUUUCAUGCACCAGUCGGGGAAUAAGAAGUAG